AUGGCACCGGUGGCCACUCUACACACCACGCGCGCUUCGUCCGACUUACCCGAUUUGAAUCUCUUUGACUUGCUCUCCAACAGUCUCAUACUUCACGAAAUCGUACCCUUCCUCCCUAUAUCUGCUCUGCUCAACCUUUCUGCCUCCUCAAGAACGCUUCGCAAUCUUCUUUAUGACACGCCUGGUGUCUUCCGAUACGUCGAUCUGAGCAGCUGCAAGUCUGCCACCUUCGACAUUGCUGGUAUAGACCGUGGCGGAGAGGUUUGGCGCAAUGUCCAGCUGGACGAGAAUGUUACUGAGGAUGAAUUCUAUUCGGGUCCGCUGAGGGGUAUUCUCUACAAUCUGCAACGAACUAAUGUGCUGCAAAAUGUGCAUACACUUGUGCUUGAUGGUCUGUCGGUGACAGCGGACCUUGUCCACGAGAUUCUUGUUGAUCCCAAGUACCAAGUCCGCAUCCUUUCGGUACGCGGGACGAGGAAUCUAAAUGAACGAAGACUGAUGCAGACGCUCCGAUACGCGUGUCGCCCCGGUCGGCCUGAGGGCACUCCUCGUCUAAAAGGUCUUUACGUCUUCGGGACGAAAGACUUGCCAUCCAUUUCGCCUGCAGUGUCGAAAGCAUCGCCGCCUCCUGUUGCGAGCCCAAACAUUAGUAUCAAUUGGAACCACAAGUCUAGUCAUGCUUUGAAAGAGAGCAUGAAUCUUAGUGGGAGUGAUUGGUACCACCGAAGAGGUAAAGUCAGCACCAAGCCCAUCGCUGUUGAUGGGUGGGCUGCUACCAUGCUGGACUGCCGCGGCGCCAUUCAAUUCGACGCUUGCCUUUGUACUGGCCCUCGACAUCAGAACUCAGUGGCAUUCGGAAAGGUGCCAGUUGCGAGUGUUCCGGGAGCGAACCACCCAUGGAAUAUUGCGACUUUUGCACUGGGUGGUUGCGCUACCUGUGGUUGCGCCCCCGAGGGUUUCACAUCGUAUAGCGAUUCUCCUUUCGAGCAGCUUCCGCUGCUGGCGCCUGUGCCACUGCAUUCCUCCAGCGUGAAGACGGCCUGUCGGCCUGAGUCAACAAGCAAAGACGGGUCGAAUGCUGCCAAGUUUGUCCCACGUUGUUGGGACUGUGUACGAGAUCGCUUUUGCUUCAGCUGUCUGCAGUGGUGGUGCGAGGCUUGCUACCAAGCUCCCACCAGCGCCGAGCUACAAGCAGCGCAGCAUGUCCAUAUUGUGCAGGAUUCGAACGAAGCAGCUGAUUACGAAGUACUUCAGCAGAUGGAAGCUCUGAAAAUCAAGGUACGGGAUCAUACCUGUAUAGAAUGCCAGGUUUUGAAAGAGCAAACUUGGCCUUCCCUUCUACACCUCAAUCCGUCCUAA